CUGUCGAGUGUCGUGGCUUGCGAGCCAGAAAAAAAGGAAUGGUCAUAUUAAUUUUAUCGAGUUUGUUCUUAAUUUUUCAAUUUCAUGAAAUCAAAUUGAUAAUUAUUGGUAAUGAGCUCUCUAAAUAUUCAUUUUCAGUUACUACCCAUGUGCGUAUCAAUUAAAAUAGUAGUGAAAUAGAGAUUUUCUAACUGCAUAUUUCACAUUGUCAUCGCCCAAUGUCGACUGUCCCUCGUGUGUGUGUGUAGUGUGUUGUAUACGCAUUUGUUCGGUGCUGCAUGCAGACUGCAUUGCAGUUGUGCAGUGUGCAUGUGCGCGACAUCGAACAUGAAUCAUAUGGUGAGAUUCUCGUAGUGAAGUGAAUGGCCGUGGCAUGAUGUUGUUUGUCAUGCUCAUGUUGAAAAGUGGAGCUAGCGCUUGCACUAGCAGGGAGUGAACUGCAAGCUCUUUGUGAAAUGGUAAUGUAACAUGAUGUAUGUUCAUGUUCGAGUCUCGAGAUCGGGUGAAGAGGGAAUGUUACAAAAAUUCCUUCUUUCCUGCCACUGCCAGAUUCUACAGUUGUACUGCCGUCUGUUCCAAAGAAGAUAUUGCAACUUUGAGGCAGUUUGUGAGACAGUUUGACAGGAUAAGAUGGCUUUUCAACAAGCAUGAAGAAACCCACUUUAUCAGAGUAGACACAGUUGCUUUAAAAAAAAAAGUAUCUUAACGCUAUAAGGAUUCCAGAGAAUUUCAGAGUGGUACAACACAGUGUUAGGCAUGGCUGCUGAAGUGGCUAAACAGCCGAGCUACAGCAGCGCUGUGUUGGGACCACCAGAGAAAGUUGCACAGGACAUGCUCCCGAAUGAGAACCAUCAAGUCUCUGAGCAGCAGGACUCUUCAGAAUCGAAAGAGAAUGUGAACCCUUCUGCUCCACCCCCAGCUUCGCAAGAUGGAAAGGAUGAAGAUAAAGGUGAAGGGAAGAAUUCUGAAAAGAAUGAAGAGAAGAAGAAAUUUGUACCAGCACCGCCUCCUAAGGUGAAUGCCUGGCAUAGGAACAAGCAAACACCACCCCCUCCUGCUGUAGUGCCAAACAAUGUAACGUCACCGACCCCCGCAGCAGCCGCGGCAACACUUGCUGCUUCAAAGCAACCACAAAAUCCCUCUCAAAGACAAGCAUCCCACAACACUAAAUCUCACCAGGCUUCAAAGCCAGGGGGAGGUAGGACUAACUCAAGACAGUUUAAUGGGCCACGUGAGAAAAGUGCAAAGAGUCCAAAGGCGGAGAAGACUUCCACAAAAGAUCCCAAGGAUUUGGAAGAGAACAAGAAGGAGGCAGCCAAGAAACGCAUGGUUGAAACCACUCCUGCUCCACCCCCUAAAGUAAACGCUUGGACCAAAGCGCCAAUAAACUCAGUUGUACCCCCAGUGGUGCCUCCGAUGGCUAAUGGUAAUGGAACAGAAGAUGCUGCGGAUCCUGUCCCGUCAGCCGUCAGUGCUGCAGAACCAAAGGAAAAGCCAGCUCCUGUGGUUUCUUCUGCACCAGUGAAUGCUUCAGUUUCUGCUCCAUCGGUUGUGAAGGCUGCUUCCAAGGGCAAAAACACUGUGGCAAGUGAUUUCAAUGACUUGAACAGUUGGCCAUCUUUAGGUGCUGCUAACAAGGACGGAUCGGAUCCCCAAUCACCAAGACGCAAGAAGGAAACCAACUCUGCUGGUUCAAAGACCCCACCUGUCACGUCCACAACGCCCCCGUUGGUGAGCGAGCAGGUAGAGACUGCCCCUACGCCCAACACUUCAGCUACUGUCCCGGCAGCACCUUCUGUUGCUGCUGCUACCACCUCCCCAAGGUCACCCAAGCCCAUCUCAACGGACCAGGCCUCGCCGGCUCCAGCUUCAGCUGCUCCUGCAGCUCCUGUACCUGCUCCUGUGGUCACCAAGGAUGUCACAUCUCCGAGAGCCAAGGCGCAGCAGUCAACGGCAUCGUCUGCAGAGAAGGACAAGCAGGCGGAUGAUGGAAAGGGGGAUGGACAGAAAGGAAACAAGAAAAAUCGUGGUAAAGCAGACAAGAAACAAAAGUGGAUCCCCCUUCAGCUAGACCCACCUGAGCCAAGAGGUAAGGGAGGUCGGGAUCGUGAUCGGGACCAUGUUAGGGGUCGCAACGCAUCAGGAGGAGGUAGGAUGCGAGAUAGACCAGUGAGAGACUGUGACCGCGAGAUGAACUGGCGUGAUGUGCCUCGCAGUAGUGGAUCCGAGCCAGCGAAGAGGUCAGAACGUCCCCGUGGGGAUAGCAGGACCAGCAGAGAAACAUUGACAAAGGCUGCCGGUUUUGCUCCACCCAAGGACGACAGGAGUCGCAGCCCUAGCGCAUCGAGCGUUGACAGCCGUAGCUGGCAGAGCCAGAGGAGCUACCGAGGUAGAGGCAGGGGAAGAGGAAGAGGUGGGAGAGGCAGAGGGGGCGGUGGACGAGGUAGCUACUCUGGUAACUUCUGGCAGAGCAACAGCAUGGAUGUCCCAGGAACAACUAAUAACGAACAAACAUCUCCAGAUUCUGAAUUAUUCCAAGAAUUUGUGCCACAGUACUAUGACCUGGGCAGCGCCGAUGCCACUGCAACCGGAGGCACCACCGGUGGCACCACUACCACCACCACCACCUCCAGGGUCAGCACUGGCACCAGAUCGGCCAGCGCCGGUGGGGAUGCAGACUUUGAUACCCCUCAGUUUGUGACUCCGCAGUAUAACAACCCUGUAUUCUACGAUGGCUCCACCCCGGUGUAUACUCCAAGCCUUGCCUCGACGUCGUCUCUCUCCUUCUCUCUGGAUGAGGGCACCCUUAAAGAUUAUGUCAAGAAACAAAUUGAGUACUACUUCAGUGUAGAGAAUCUUGUGAAGGAUAUAUUUUUGAGGAAGAAGAUGGAUGCAGAGGGAUACCUGCCGAUCAGUCUUAUUGCCAGUUUCCAUCGAGUCAAGGCCCUGACUAGUGAUGUUGGCAUCAUCACCACGGCCCUGAAUGACAGCACCGAGGUGGAGCUAUCAUCAGACAAGUCCAAGGUCCGCUGCCGGCUCUCUCCCAUGCAAUGGGUCAUCAACGAUCCGCUAACACCCACCAAAUACGAGCUCUCCUAUGACAGCCCAGAGUUCAUCCCUGGCAAACCCUAUCCUUACACCUCAUCAUAUAACAAAGAUACAGAAUCUGCACCAGUCUCCCCCACACCUGUGGAGACCAUUGAGUCUAGUGACAGAGCCUCUGAUGGUGAGACCAGCGGUCAAGGAAUGUCCAGUAUGAGGGUACCCAUGACACCGGGACUUUCCACCAGCCUACCAGAGAAAGAACCAGGAAAUUGGACAGAGGUCAAGAGGAGGCAUAAAGCGCCAACUCCUAAGGAUAAGAAGAUGAUGUCUCCGCAAACCGAAUCACAGGAUCAUUUUGAAGGAGCUCAGGAGGAGCUGGACUUUCAGUUUGAUGAAGAGCUUACAGAGAUCACUGGCAGGAAAAAUACCUUUUCAGAGUGGUCCGAUGACGACGAUGAGGAUUAUGAGAUCUCAGACAACGAUCUCAACAAGAUCAUCAUCGUGACGCAGACCCCGCCCUGUCUGAAGAAGCACCCCGGAGGUGACAGGACAGGAUACCAUGUCUCACGCUCCAAGAUGACCGCUAACCUAGCCAAGAUCAUCAACGAUGGACUCUACUAUUAUGAAAUGGAUCUAUGGGAUGAAGAUCUUACUAAGGGUGACAUAGCAGCACUGGCUGCAUCGACGGGAACCCACACACCUUUCAGCAAAAUCCAGACCAUCACCAACGAAGAGUUCUCCUGCUUGACCCCUGAGAAACCCCACACCAGGCAGGCAGUACCCCCUGCUCCUCCAGCAGAGAGCAGUCCAGAGGGUGACGUGACUGCAGCGGAAGGAGAAGAAGGAGGCAUUGCAAUCCAGAAGAGUGCAGUGCGUUUAGUGAAGGCAGAAUCGUCAGUGGUAGCUAGGUCAUUACCUACAGCGGUACCAGAAGGCCCUCUCCUGCGUGAGGCCAUGAGGACACCACGUACCCCAAGGGGCAAGGCUCAGAUGUCACCUAGGUUCUACCCUGUUAUGAAGGAGACCAAGCCCAUUGAUAACAAGACUCCAAGGAAACGCAAGACGAAGCACAGUGAAGACCCUCCUGUCGAGAGCCAUGUUGGUUGGGUGUUAGAUUCAAGAGAACAUAUAGCAAGAUCCAGGCAUGCAUCUACAAGCUCACCGUCAGAGGGUGCACCUAUCAGCACCAGUUAUGGAACCCCACUCAACUUCCCCAAGUUUGAGCAUCCUUCCCAUGAGCUUCUCAAAGAGAAUAACUUCACUCAGCAUGCUUACCACAAGUACCAUCAAAAGUGUCUCAAAGACCGCAAGAAGCUUGGAAUCGGCAAGUCUCAAGAAAUGAACACCCUCUUCCGCUUCUGGUCGUUCUUCCUCCGAACGAACUUCAACAAGAAGAUGUACGACGAGUUCAAGAAUCUUGCAGUGGAGGACUCGAUGCAGGGCUACCGUUACGGACUAGAGUGUCUCUUUAGGUAUUUCAGUUAUGGUCUGGAGGUCAAGUUUAGGCCAGAUAUCUAUCAGGACUUCCAGACGGAGACAUUACGGGAUUACGAAUCAGGGCAACUGUAUGGUCUAGAGAAGUUCUGGGCUUACCUGAAGUAUUCCCGAUUGAGAGAGCUGACUACCUUGCCCGAGCUGUCUGAAGCACUCAAGAAGUACAGGACACUUGAAGACUUCAGGGUGGAGCCCCCUAUCAGUGAGAACAAGAAGUCCAGUGGAUCCGGGGACGCCAAGAAGUCCAAGUCCAGUCGAAGUAGACAACAGUCCACAUCCGACCAAUCAGAACAGCAGAGCAAUCUGGAAUCUCAGGGUGCUGUCGGGGGAGCGGAAGAAUGAAUGCCUUGUCUCGACCCCCCGCAGGAUUCAAAUGCUUCGUAUGGUACUAGAACAUUGUUACACAGCAGUAAAGCAUCUAGAUGGCCAUCUUGUCAUUGAGGGAUGUGAAUUAUGCCAUUUGUGAUUUGAUGGGCCAUUGAGCUUGCAGCAUUGUGAAUCGUCAAAGACUGAUCUUGGAAACACGUUUCUGUGGCAUGCUUGUUGGUAGGAACAGACGCUCUGAAGUGGAGUCAUUCAGUUUGCAUGGGGUUUCGGCCCGGAAGGCAUCAACUCCUGGACCAGUUGUGCAACUUGCUGUCCUCGACCACGGAUUACUAAGGAUAUCUAAGGAAAACAUGCUCAAUUUCAUAGUGGGAUGCGAAAACUAGGUAUCUGGGAAUUAAUCAUCAUAGAUAAUGAGUUUCUCCGCCACUGAUAUCGAAGACCGUCGGGCCCCUCUAUGGAUCAUUACUGGUCAGGAGGUCAUCUGCUUCCAUGAAUUUAUACCCUGGCUAUACUGACCAGUCAGGCAUCGCCAUGAGCUGAGAGGCGUCCGGUGUUUUCCUUCCUACGAUGUUUAACAGUUGCCAUGAUACCCUCUCUUAUCAAUCGGUGGUUCCAAGUUUGAUGUUAGCACUGUUGUUAGAAGCACAAUAUAGAUGCCUUUCCCAUCUUUAAAACCCGAUGUGAGUGUACAACAAUGAUCCAAAUUACAUUAUUGGUAGCCCAAUGCCUGGUGAGAUUUGGCUCAUAACACAAAGUUUAGCAAUUGAUCGUACAUCUUAUUCCCACGCUUGAUUGUACACAAUGACCAAUGUAAUCAAUCAUAAAAGUCAGAAUGGCGAUCAAUCACUAUUCUUUAUGAAAAGCCUCCUGGUAUCUUGAGUAGGCUAAUCUUGAGAGAUUUUGCAUGCUCUUUAGCUUGGGGCUAGCUUCUAUUUUUCUUUCUUCACUGUCAAUUUUCUUUUGAAUACACAGGAAAUGAUUAGCAAGACGUGUCCUUGGUGAAGUAUAUUUUCGAGUAUAAUUCUUGGAUGAUGUUUACAUAGUGUAACUGUCUUCUUCUUUCAAGCCAUACCAUUAUGAUGGAAUGAAUGCAUUUGACCCUGCUCAUUCUAAUGAAUCCUUGGAAUGCUUGUAACCCAACCUUUGCCAAAAGUAGUUACCACUGCUGUAUUGCCCCCUAUUGGAGUUAAAAUAUGUUGGGUGUUUUCCUCAGGGUCCCUUGUGUGAAUAUAGUUCUUUGUCCUUUUUAUGGCAACUAGUAUGGCAGCAUGGCUGAGCAGCGAAUCGGACUCCACCAGGUUGCCAUGACAAUUACUAUAA